GGCGAAUCGGACAGUAUGUACAAGUUCCUGCAGAUGUCAUCAGUGUAAAAAUAGAUCAAAAAACAUCAGUAACCUGUAGCAAGAAUGAUGGUUUCAGCAAUUACGAGACAGAUGAUAAAUAGAAAGCGAAAAUAGGAGAGCAGAAGCAGCGACUCUGAUUUCUUUAAUUCAGACUGAUGAGCGCUAUGAAAACACGGGACAGUAAACAGGAGAAGGGAAGCUUGUGGAUUUUUGGAUAUGGAUCAUUAGUCUGGAAACCGGGGUUUAGGUUCAGGAAGAGCAAAGUUGGUCACAUUAAAGGAUACAAGAGGCGCUUCUGGCAUGGAGAUGAUUUUCAUCGAGGGGACAAAGACAAGCCUGGCAGAGUUGUCACACUUGUUGCCGAUGAUGAGGCUUGCACGUGGGGUGUUGCCUAUGAAGUAAGCGAGUCACAGAUUGAAGAAACGCUUCAGUAUCUGAACAUCAGAGAGGUGGUGUUUGGGGGCUACACAACUGAAAUGGUGGAGUUCAUCCCCAAAGAGAACAAUCAGGACACACUGCUGGCUCUCGUCUAUAUCGCCACCUCUGACAACCCCAUUUACCUCGGCCCGGCCUCGGACAAGGAGAUUGCAGCCCAGAUUUCCAUUUGCAGGGGCAACACCGGCCACAACACUGAAUAUUUGCAGCGGCUGGUGGAAUUCAUGAGGCUUUACUGUCCUGAUGUGGAGGAUGAGCACCUUUUCUCUAUAGAAGCUGCUGUAAUGAAUAUUUUCCGUGAUUGUGGACAUCAAGCCCUCUAGAUCCACACUACUGGGAGCUGUUAAAAACAACCAUCAUUCAUUUUUAUAGAGUGAAAAGGGAAAGAAAUUCCUGCUGCUAAUGUUUCAAUAAAUUUGAUGCUCAAAGAGCUGAUCCAGUUUCAAAAAGGGACAAAACAUCAGUCGCAAAUCUAGUUCUUGUCUUACAGAAUGAGAAAAACAGGAGCUUGCAUUGCUUUAAAGUUCACACUAAGAAUUAUAUUCCUUUUGAAACUUGUUAUUCUAAUGAAAGUUGUUUAAAACAGUAAAAGAAAAAGCACUUUUUAUAGGGCAAUUUUGAAUUUUGAACUUGCCUAUGUUCACACAUUUCAUGCCCAAAGAAUGUUGACUCUUGCAGAGCUGAAAUGCUGAUUUUUCCUCACAGAGGUGCUAAAAUGUACAGAUUAUUUUCAUAACUCUAUUGUGUAUGUGUGAACUUAAAGUCUGAAAGUUUUUUAUACUUUUUUGUUGGAUGUGAAUGCAUUUUUCUUUUAUGCCAGGUGUCAUAAAACCCAAAAAAAUCUUUCCGAGGAUCUAUUUUUUAAAUGUCCUGUUUAAGCAUUCCUCUAAGCUUUAGAUCAAACACAAAAAGUCUUGUUUUCACAGAUCAACUUUUUUGUUAUUACUGGUUGCAGCAAUAGAAAUAAACCAUAUCUAAUUUUAAAAUACUUGUAUGCAUAAACUUCUUGGAUAUGUGCUCCUUUUUUACUUUUAUUCAGCAAAAUAUUUUGUACCUUAAUAUGUUUUAUGAAACAUAAAGCAACGCUUUUCACGGUAGUGGCUUUUAAUGAAGAGCAAGAGGACUUCCAAGAACACAGUUAUGGAGGAACAGUGAGUGAAGUGAGGGUUAGCUGGGAAGUGAGGGUCCAUAUAGGGAUGUUUUUUUUCUCCCUUCUAUCUGGUAUUUACCCUGUGCUGGAGCCGCCUGCACACAUGCCACAUAUUAGAGUGAAGGAAGGAAAAAAAAGCAAUGAAAAAAAAACAAGCCCACAUUUUGAGCCCAGUGGUUCUGUGACACAGUUCCUCGAAAUCAGCCCAAAAGUAGGUCAAAGGUGUGGCUUGUGAAAGCAGUAAAUAGAUGAAGGAUGUGCUCUGCAGCACUGCACCUAAAGACCCAUACAGGAAGACGGCAACAGAAGUUAUGAACGAGGAAGAAAUAUACUUUUAAAACAUACAUAUUUAGCGGUAAAAUAGUAUGAUAUAUCCAGGAGAAAGAGUCGGUUAAAUUAGCACUGAACAACAUAUUCCUAUGUGCUUGCAAGACAUAUAAAAAUCACUAAGUCAGAUGUUCGCUUGUACCACAUGCGGUGCAAGCUGGCACAAACUGUUCCCCACAAAUAUAUCAGAUGACUCAUCUAAUGUCAUGGACUUUCUGCCACCUCGUCCACUUCUUCUGCUUCAUAUUGUCACUGUGGUCUUUACAAGAUAUCUGUUUGAUUAAACUUUUUCCUUUCCAAAA